CGUCGGACUUCGCACCGCCUCUUCCCGACCCCUUUUCCCGGGGUUCAACUGCGCGGGAAGGAAGAGCUGUGCGAGAGCGGCGUUCGGCGGGAGGCUAGGCCGGGACCUCGAAGGGUGGCUCAUCUCGGCGCCCACCGCGAUUGAGGCUGUACCGGCUGCCGCGGAGAUUCUGUGCCACGUUCCAGAGGCCGGUGACUGCGCCCGAAAUGGCGUCCGACUCGGACGGCGAAGAACAGGCAGGGAGGAGAGGGGCCGGCCGGGGCCUCCCCGAGGAGGACAUUGCCAGGGAGGAUUCUGAAGACAUGCCGACGCGGCGCUUGAUCCGCCAGCAGUACCGAGAGCUCAUCUCUACCGUUCAGCAGAACCAUGAGCUGAUGCUGAGCACCAAUAAUGAUAAAUUGACAGAGGCUCUAGAAGAUGCUAAUAACCUGUUUAAGGGAGUAUCCUGUGCAAGGGAGGCUGCUUUGGAUGCCCAGUUUCUAGUUUUGGCAUCAAAUCUAGGAAAAGAAAAAGCAAACCGGUUGCAUUCAGAUAUGAUAGUAUUUGAUCCAUCUGCAUUUGCUGAAGAUUUAUUAUCACUUAUGGGUCUAAAUCGUUUGGAAAGACAAGAAAGUGAUAGUGAAGAAGAACAAGCUGCUAGUGGAUUCUUACCUAAUAAUGCUUGGCAUAAACUUGGUGAAGAAGCAAAAACAUACUUUAGGAGGGCACCAGUUUUCCAUUUCAUGUUGGGUACAUUUACUCCUGAUCCUCCUGCUGAGAGGCCACGAAUUGAAAGGCAACGAAAGAAGAACACUUCAGAUGGAAAUAGAGUAAUGCCUGCACAAUUAGAGAAAAUGGAAGGAUCUCAUCAAGAAGCUACUGAAAAGGAAGUAGAAAGGAUUUUGGGAUUCUUAAAUGCCUAUUACAUGGAGGACCCUGAUACACCAAUAUCCUUCCUUGAGUUUGUGACUGACCCAAAUUCUUUUGCACGAACUGUGGAAAACAUGUUUCAUGUCUCAUUCUUAAUCAGGGAUGGACUUGCAAGAAUAAAACUGGAUCACAAUAAACUUCCUGUAAUAGAACCUUUAAAUUCAAGAGGAGGAGAAAAUGAUGAGGAUACUCAGGCACAGAAACAAGCAGUAAUAUCAAUGAGCUAUCAAGAAUGGCAGAAUAUUGUAAAGACAUUUGAAAUUUCACAGCACAUGAUUCCACCUGCUCCACAGCCACUGACAUGAGAUGAAGCUGAUCUGAAUGUAAGGUAUCCAUAAUUCCAUAAGAACACUUACACAGACCAGAUGACCUUGGCAGGAGAACAGCACAGAGGAAACUAGUAAAACCUUCCUGUUUAAGUACUGCAUAUUUGCUUUUAUAAGGUAGUGCUUCCAGGUUUUCUAGAUAACAGUGUUGUAUUAUACAAUAUAGUAUAUAUGGGUUUUUUGAUGUAACAGCAGAUUAGUCUCAAACUGGCUUUUUUCCUCACAUUUAUGUUCUGAACGUAUUUCCUCUUAUUACACAUUCAUUUGGUCAACCUUAUGUUGUCUCAGUUUGUACUUCAGCUUUCCACAAAGCAAAAAGUUGGCUAACAGUAAAACAAAAUAUGAAAUAUUAUUUCAGAACAGAGGAAGGUACUAAUUACUCUCCAGAGAGGGAACGAGUGGGGGCUUGCCACAGCUUCCAAGGGAGUUUGCUCUAUAUUUUUGGAGUGACACAGAACAUGGCUUCUUUAUGUUCCUGACACAGGCAUUUUUAAAAGGGCCUUUUCUAUUUAUCUUUAAUGUCCAGGCAGAUUCAUACUAAUAGAGGCGGUCUCUCAAAUAGUCAUGCCUGAAAAUGUAGAUUUUAAGGGAUUAGAAUGGUCCUUUCCCAGUUCCUUUGUGUUGCAGCAGUAUGUGUUAAUCAUAUCUUAUUUUAAGAGAACAUGCACUUUUAUAAAUCUUACAGCUGCAUAGCAGAAUUAGAUUCUGAACGUCAUUAUUUGUGUAUGAAGGUGUAGGGAAGAAAAAGGGAGAGUGGAAAUGCACGGUUGAGAAGAAAGGUACAUCAGGCUCUCUACAUUAUAGAAUGUACACAGCUGAUUAAAAUAUGCUACUUUGGUGUAAUUCUGCAUUUUAACAUAAACACGUUUAUGGUGAAAAGGAUGAAGUAGAAUGUCUGAGAAGUGGCUUGUAAGAACAAAGAAACUUCUAUAGUGGAUGUCGUUCAGUGUUAUAGAUGAUUGAAACUUGGAAAGAAGCAUCCAUUUGGAAUUAAAUACUUUUGAAACCAUGAAAUUGUUUUGCAAUGUGCUGUAUGUUUACAGAUUAAUAAUUUCAAAUGUUUCUGCAGUCAGUUUUUGAGUAAUGCAAAGUUGUUAACCUUUACAGAGUAAGUAAAAUAUUAAAUAUAUUCCAUAUUGAUAAUAUGGAAGCUUUAGCUUUGAAAAGACUAUAUUUUAGAACUAAAGGUGCAGUCUAAUGAAUCAUGGGAAGAUGCCCUGGAUCUUAUGAAUUUCUCUUUAUAAGUAAAGGGGAUAGUAUUUUCUUGGAAUCUUGCGAAAUAACAAAGUGUAGUGGUAUUCUAGCUGAGACAAAAAAAUAGGUAGAACUGGAUUAGUUGUUAACUUAGAAAAUACUACGGUGUUCUUCAGUUCCUAACAUGUAUUAUUCCUUUACUGGAUUUCUAACACUGAUAUGCAUAUGGGCAUUAUACAAACCAGUACGUAAUAUAAAUGCAUCAAGAUUAAUUUUUUUUAACCCAGAUGAGCAGAUUUUAGACAAUUGUAUUCUGACUGCAUUAAUAAAUGUCAAAGAACUUGCAGUCUUGUGAAGCUAAGUUAUUUCAGGUAUACAGGACAACAAUGUAGGAUUAUAUGAUAAAUAUGAAUUCUCUCUCCUAGCUUGCCCAUGUGUACCCUUAUGCCUAGUGCAAUUAUGUUAAAUCUGAAGGUCAUUGCAACAAAAAAAUACAGAUGUACAAAUAAAAUAAUGAUAGAGCUAUAGAAUAUGUACCAAUGCUAAUGUGUUUCAGGCAACAUUUUCUACCGUCCUUUCCCACUUGUUAGUCAUUGCCCAUAUGUUUUUAAUGGAUGAUUUUUGUUUUGUUAUUGUAUAUUUUAUUACCAUUAUAUAUCACUUUUAGAUUUCUAAAUAAGCUAUAUAUGCUUUUACUAUUAAAACAAAUGUGUAUGAUGCUUAUUUUCAAAUUAUAUUGUAGCAACUUGAAUAGCAAAACCAUUAUAGUCUCUGAAAAAAUUAGAUUGAUUUUUUAAAUUAUACAUUAUGUUUAAUGUCUUUAAGCUGAAAGUAUUAAAUGAAAGUCUUGCACAGGUACCAUACAACCCUUUUAUCUAUAGCAGGUGAGGGUCUGGAUCAAGUUUGGCUAAUAAAGAACAUACACCCUCC